AUGAAUUUCAAGGCUAAGAAUCUUACAUAUGACAAGAAUGAACCCGCCUUUCUUCGCAGACUUCGAAGUCAGUAUGGCGAUGGAACGGGUGAACGCCACGGGCGGUCCAAUGUGCGUCCUAUUAAGGCGAAAGACCCCGAUGCGGACGAUGAACCUACCUACGUCGAUGAAGAGAGUAAUGAAGUGAUUUCAAAGGAGGAAUACCAAGCGAUGCUAAGGAAUGCAGAAGAGAACACAAGUGAACAGCCAACGAGCAGGCCGGAGAAUGGUGACCAGAACCAAAACAGCACCAGCGAUAAAACUCACGAGAAGGCCACAGAGCCACCGGAAUUGGCUCCUAGCCAGAAGGUUGCGGAGAUAGGAGGUGCAAAGAAGAAAAAAUUGGCGAGAGUCAUUGCAGAUGAUGAUGAUGAUCAGACAGCUAAGAAAGAUGCCCAAGUAAAGGUUACCGGUCCGCCGAAAAAGAGGCAAAAGAAAAAGAAAAUUAAAUUGUCAUUUGAUGAAGAAACGGAAACAUGAUAUUUGAGGCAGAUACAGUCUGGCUUCAACUAUCUGUCGCGGAGCGUUGCCUCGCGUUGCCUGUGGAUCCAAUCCCUGGGUUUAUGCAAAAUUUCGAAGCAAACCCCCCCCAAAAAACCCAUCGACCGAACCCGUCUGGUACUCAAAGCCAUUUCGCAGAUGGAAACUUAGUCUUUGCAAGUGCCGCGAACGGUCUUUGCAGUGUCUGCUAUCUAAUUAUUACCUGCGACGCUCCAAAGAUUUGACGGCCAUAGGGGUUAAAUACCCUCAGUGGCCAGGUCAAGGGCGUACUUGACAAGAGGAAACUGCGUAUGUUAUCAAAGUCAUGUUCAUUGCUUGUCCUAAGACGUCUUGGAUUGUUGCUCGCGGUCCAUACGCCUGCUCAAAACCCCUUGCCACCUACGUGCCGAGCGGUUGAAAUUCUGAAGCAUAGGCAUCGAUUUCCAAGAUACGUUGCAUCAAAUUAUGCUCCCUCAAGUCAACAGACUACCUAGGAAUAGAGUCCCGUAUCCUGGGCAAACCAUCACCAAACUGUACCCACCCUAAUCCCUUAGGGUCAGUACUUAGGAAAAAUUUCUCCAGAGAUACUCGAGAUCACUUGAAAACCAUAGAACUUCUGUUAUUAGCCUCUACAAUUUAGAGCAUUCAGCUCCAUUAUCUUGCACAGAGAUGUGACAUGCACAAGCUGAAUUCAUGUCGUGGUUUCCGGCCACCUUCGCAACCUGUUGUACACAUAAUGAGUCAUUUCCAUGGCCAUCAUCUGGAUCUCAAGGUGGCACUGAUGUAUAGCUGAGGGGAAGAAAAAUUAAUUGAUAUAGUGUAUUCAA